AUGGGCGACAGCGCCGCGGCCUUAUGGGAGAGCGAGCUGCUGCGCGCGCGCCAGUGGCUCGCGGCUCGGCGCCGCGACGAGCAGCAGGAGCGCGAGCAGCUCUUCCAGCGCGUCAAGGCGCACAUCGGCUUCAAGGACCACCAGCGCUCGCUGCAGAGCGACGCCGUGGCCAGCGAGGACGAGGACGACGCCCUGGCGCUCGACUUCUUGGGCGACGUGGACGCCUCCGACAUGAGCGCGCUGCUGCAGGCGGAAGCGGCCAAGGCGUCGGCCUUCAUGCCGCACGUAGAGGUUGGACCACCCCUGAAGACGCGCAUGCCGACCGCCGCAGAGCUCAUGCAGCCGCUCGCGAUGCCGUCGAACCUGGCGUCGCCCACGUUGAAGCCCAAGGUGAAGGCGGUGCCCAUGUCCCAGUUGGAUCCGAAGACGGUACGGACAGCGACGAGUACCGCGACUACUGCGACCACGGCGGCGACUGGUAGCGCGACGCUAGGGAGCGAUGUGGCCGUUCACGAGUUGAUGCAGAAUUUGCAAGUGGAUGUGAUUCAAUUGCAGGGCUCCGAUGCUGAGGAGACGAAGACGGAGGAGAGCACGCCCCCGCAUCUACUGAAGGAGUUUGGAGCGAAUAGUAAGGUGGCGAGCGGUGGCGCAGCCCACGCAGCUGGAUCAACGCAGUCCAAGUUCAUGCAACAGGUAUCCUUGAAGAGCCCGCAGGAUCCAUACAAGAAGAAGGUUGCAGCGCCGGCGACAACGACGACGACGACGAUGACAGAUGAUGUCGCCGCGGAGAUGCUGAGCUGGGUAUCAGGUUACCGCGAUCCAGAGGUGAUUCGACGCAAGGAGAACAUGCGACGGAGACGAAAGCACACAAAUCGGUACGGGAUGAGCUCAGAGGAAGAGCAGCGCGAAGCCCUCCGAAGGGCCAAACAAAUAACAAAUAGCGACAGUGAAAGUGAAGACGACUUCAGCAGCGACUACUCUCCAGCGGAAGAAGAAGAGGUUCCUGAGCCGGACGAGCCUGAAGUGGUGGACCUACUCAGCGACGACUACCUGGACAGUGACGAAGAUACGAUACCUGUAAAGCGGAAACGAAAGCGGCUGCGCCAAGCAGCGUCGACGCAGAAGAAAAAGAAACCACGGCCCCGCAAGCCAGCCGUCACACGGAAACUGAGUCAGCAAGAUAGCACCACCAAGGAGGCCCCACUUCAAGCAGAAACCCCACCAGUGCAGACACGAGUUGGUUCGCCAGCGAGCGAAGCGUAUCACACGGUAGCUACGACCAAAAGUGUAUCGACGGAAGUGUCAGAUAAAGAUGCAUCAGGGAAUUCGAAUCAGCCGAUCGAAGUUUCAUCCAGCGAGGAUGAAGCAAAAGACAAUGAUAAAAGCAGUACCUCGACAACAGUAAAUGGUACGCAGGAGAAGGUGGUGGACGUUGAUGUGACGAAGGAAUCGACGAUUGUGCGCUUGAAGAUCCCUGCAGACUUCCAGAGCCCGCAGACUGUUCAAGAUGCUUCGCAAAAUACACAGCAAAUGCGAACCGUCGAUGCAGAAGUGGACAAGGUGCCUUCAGAAGCUCAUGGCAGAGCUGGCAACGUUGCUGCAGUUGCUCCGCUUGGAUCUGCUUUGCAUCAAACCACCGCUGGCCGACAAGAUGCAAAUCAGCCAGACAAGGAGGAAGCCACCCAGCAACCGGCGGAUUCGAGUGAUGGCGAUACUGAUCUUUCGGACACCGGGACCCUUGAUUUGGAAGAAGAAGAAUUGUCACUUGGGAAUGAGGACAGUAACGCUGGUGAAGAGGCAGCUUCACUCGAAGUGAAAACUGGCAGUGACGCUGGUGGAGCGCGGGAGGAAACAGUAAAGAGUGUGGAUACUGUGCCGAAGAAUGCUGACACAGAAACUAGCGCUGAGAAUGUGGAAAUGGAGGAUGAAGACGUCUCCGAAGCUGAAACCGAGAUUUUGGAAGACGAUGAACCGGACACAGACGAUCUCGGACUCGAGUACAGUGAUGACAGCGAUGCUGACGAUAAGCCUGCGGACAGCAAAAAGAAUGGUGCAGGUGGGGAAACGAAGGCUCCGAGCGACGAGAAGGAUGGAGCUGCCCCCACGCAGAAAACAUCCGAGGCUGGGGAUGUUGGUGACAGUGGAAAGUCAAUGAAUGGCAAAAGUGGUGAUGAAGCGGUUGAUUCUUCGACAGCUGGAGUACAGCAAUUCUUUGAUUUCACGCCAUUGAGACUGAAGCCCAAGGCGAAGACUACGACGACUACAGCGCCAAAGCCAUUGCCAGUGCACGACUACACUGAGACCCACGCAAAGAAGGGAAGCAAUGAUGCAAAGAAGGCAACAGUCGAGCCAAAGCAAACACCGUCGCCGGACAAGCCAUCGCUUGGAUCCAACGGACUUCGUCCCAGCAAGAAGCCCAUCGCAACGUCAACCGUCAUGAAGGGCAAGUUUGCCGUGACAAGACGCAGUACGAAAAUGCUCGACCCUGAGGAUACCCCUGGAGCCAAACGACCACACAAGAACCACUACACGAUGGUGCCAACGAAGAAGCCUAAUGGUUUGAAUGCCGCAAAGGACCUUGACGAUGUGCCGUUGAAAUUGUUGGCGAGAGAACUGUCUAAGAAGACAGAGGAGAAAUCCAACGCCAGAUAUCUCGCGUAUGCUGGUGCCAAGAAGACCGAGGAUGCACCUAGCUAUGCAGUCGAAACAACUCGCAAUGUCCCGAAAUCCCGCUUUGGCGGGGGCAGCGAAUCUAGUUCGACAACACAAAACUCUUCAGCUGCAACAAAUGGGCAAAAUUCGCAGAUGAACGAUAAGACCGCCUCUCGAGGCGGAUACAGGCUAGAGCCACAAAUAAGUAUUUAUGAUGCGCUGCACAUGGAUGGACAAGAGAGUGCUAGCGAUAUUCGCGAAGGGACCGGCUACAAGCGUCCCAGUCGCUUUAAGAAGAUGCAGGAAGAAGCAGCGCGAAAUGGCACCCCGAUGGUUAAGAGCCGGUUGCAAGAUACAGAUUUGGAUAAACUUCCGAUCCCAAAGAAGAAGAAACAGCCCCCACAGGCGGAGAAAGCUGAGCAGGAUACACCACCAAAAGCUUCACGAGCAAACGACUAUGGAUCUAGAAGCACCCCAGGGAAAACUCAAAACAAACGUCGCAAGAAAAGCUUCGGGCCACCCAGCAAAAACUCCGGACCAAGUUACUACGGUCCUCAAGCUUCUCAAUCAUCUAUGCCAGAUAAGUAUGAGUCGCCAUCGCGUGGGCGUCGUGGUCGGGAAAACGGUAGCUACAGACGCGACGACGAUCGUAGGAGGAAGCGAUCGCCAUCACCGCCAUCUCGAGAGCGUGAUCGUUACAGCCGAGACAGCAAGUUACGUGAUGAUCGUAGACGAAGAGGGUCGUCACGCUCUCGAUCUCGUUCUCCAAGCCCCCGAGGUCGAGACUAUGGUAGUAAUCGUUACCGUCGCCGCUCGCGGUCAAGAUCAUGGUCAAGAGAGAGGCCGAGCGAGCAUGAUCAUCGCCGUUCGGAGCAAACCGUUUCGAGUAGCCGCGAUCGGGACCGAGAUCCCCGUAUAAAUCGUCGAUCCCCUUCGUCGGAUAAGCGUGACUCCAGCAAGAAGAGCGUCGAUAAGCCGAGUGAUCCGCCUGAGCUGGGUGAAGUUUGUCGAAACGGGAAAAUUGACGAGAACAAUCGUCUUGCGAAGAAGCAGAAAUUAUCACCUCGUGAAGACGUCCCUCCUUCACCUGGCGCUCUGGCAACGUUCGAUGACGAUGGUGACAUGUUCAUUUCAGACUCGGACGACGACGGCAACGCUUUUGUUAAGGAGGUCGAAGACAUUCGCUUUGACCUGGAUAGCGUACCAGUGGACGAAGAUUUGAUGGUGAGGCAGGUGUAUGUGACCGGGGUAAAUCCCACGGUGUGCGCUGAGCAGAUUGAGGGGGACUUCGCACGUUUUGGUGUUGCGGUUGAUCGCGACACUGGGUUUCCAGCAAUUGAAGUAUUCCCCAGCCAGCGCACUCAUCUUGGGCGUGGUGACGCAUGUGUGACGUUUGAAACCGAGGAAGGGGCCGAAGAAGCAGUGGAAGAACUCAACUCAAAAAAUGUCAAGAACUCAAUGAUCCGCGUACGCCGAAUGGACGUCCACACGCAGCGCAUACUUACGGUGCAGUUUGAAACGGUGCGGGAUACGUGGAAGUGCGCUGGAACCCAGUGCCGAGCAGACGUAAGCGUGUGGAAUCCCAAAUGCGACAAAUGCGGUCAGAAGCGUGUGUUUGGGCCAAGCAAUAUCAAGAUUGUGGCUGACUCUUGGCUAUGUUCUAUUUGUUUCACCGCUAACGAUUCGUUCGCUACAUCUUGCCACGGUUGCAGUGAGGUUCUACCUGAAGUGGAUCGCUCAACGUUCUACACAUCUUAG